CUCGGGGCAGUUUUUCAGUUUUCUUCACCAAAGAUUUGGCAUAGCAGUCAUUCGGAUGGCAGGUCAAGAAAUUUCACAAAUAUUUAAUGUUUAUCUCUGCGGGGCAAGGCUGACGUGGGAACCUAACAUUGGCUGUCCUUUGAUAUUGGUUUUCAUGGUAUGCUCGUUCAACCAUCUGUCUUCAGUUGUGGGCAAAGGCAGUCAUCCUGGAUGGGAUGGUUAACGUGGUAAAACGAGUGUUAGGCAUGGAGUAUUCACCAUCAAAACACUGAGACCUCAACAUUAUAAGGCUAAGAUCACGAUGGCUUCAGAAAUAGAGGCCGUGCAAAGGGUUAUAAGGCUUUUGAAUUCUGAUUUAAACUCAGAUUCAAAUAGCGUUACAAAAUGUUGUUCAGGUGAUUCAGAUCAUGCGAGGAGCAGAUAUGAAGAUGUUGCCCUUACCCACAAAGCAAGAGAAGUUGCAUUGCGUUUGUGUGGUGAGGACUGGAAUUACGAAGUUGUGUACUGGCUGCUCAACUUUUGGGAAAAACAAGAGCCUUUUAACCCACGAGAUGUCAGAGAGGGCAACGUACCUUUCGGCAAUAGAAGCAAAUUUGAAGAGAUGAACAAAAUUAUAUGUAGCAUGGGUAGAGUUCUCGGAGAAGAGCGACUGGGUAGAGUUCUCGGAGAAGUCCGUUAAAGAAGUGAUGACUAGCAUGGGAAAGUCCUGCUCGGACAAGUUCAUUGAGGAGCAUAAGAAGAUCGUGGGACAAACCUUUCUUGAUGCGAAAGAUAGUAUUAGUACAGGUAUAAGUGAGGAUGAGGAAUUUUCAAAAGUGAUUUUGUUUCAGGAAUUUGCCUCUCAAGGAGACACAUCAGAUGCUAUCUGGAAUUUUUUGUGGUACUUCUCCUCCUCCUAUGUACUAGGACAUAUGGUAAAUCUAAGUCUUUCGUUACUGUUCAAAGAAUGGUUCAAGGAAGAGUGCCAGACAAGAAACCGAAGGGAUUUCAUCAUGUUCACCGCCAUACUCUCUCUUCUCUCCGAGAUCCAAUGGAGGGAGCUGUUGAGAAUUGUUAAACAGGCAUGUGAUGAUCGGCAAAUUACAUCCUUGGCCUACAAUGACAAAACUGGAAAUUACGAUAUUCUCAAUAAGAUUUUAAUCCUUGCAGUGAGGGAUGAGUUCAGUGUUGUGGUGAACAAGGUAUUAGAGUGGGGUGCCCAGCCACAAGCGAACCUUGGCCCAGACCAACAGAAUAUGGCUCUAUAUUAUGCUAUAUUGUAUGAUAAUAAAGAAAUUGUGAGAAGUCUUUUCGACAAAUGUCAUUCAAAAGAGCAGUUCGCCAAUGCAGCAAACGAAAAAGGAAUGACUGCUCUUCAUUGGGCGUGUGAAAGUGGUUCUGAAGUAAGCAUUUGUCGAAUGAUUGUUGAAUGCGGGGGAAAGACGAAUGUUCGAGACAAUAGAGACCGCCUCCCCCUCCACUAUGCAGUUGAGAGAGGGGACGAAGGUAUUGUCGAUGUGUUGAUUGGAGAAGGUGACAGCGAUACAGUGCAGAGUUAAGAUUUGUAUGAAAGGAGGGCGGAGAUGGUUACUUGGAAAGACAAAGAUGAGGUGAGCCCUCUGGAUAUGGCCGUCAAGGACAAUAACUUAAAGCUAAUGUUGAAGCUAUUGUCGGUUUCUCAAAUAGCGCUACACACAUUUUUUGAUAAGCUCGAUUCUGCCAAGAUUCUGCGUGAGUCUGCCUCUCAAGGCAAUGUGGAAUUUGUGAAAAAAAUCUUGGAGAGUGGAGCAGAUCCUCUUGCUUGCGAUGAGCAGGGCCAAACAGCUUUGCAUCACGCUUCUAUGUGUGAAGAUGCCUACAAAGCACGUAUGCUAAUCGAGUUAAUGCUCGAGAAAUGUACAAGCGAGGAAGAGAAGAAGAAAUGGGUGAUCAAACAAGAUGAUAUGGGUAAAACAGCUAUCCAUGUUGCAGCUAUGAAAGGAAAUGCACGCCUCUGUUACUUAUUUUGCAGAAUAAAUGAAGGCAUUCUGCAAAUAAGAGAUACAGAUGGGCGAACAGCUCUCUUCGAAGCUGUUAAAGGAGGCUACGACGAUCUCUGUUCGGGUUUAAUAAAUUGGAAACAAAAUUUUCAUGAUGACUCCAUCGUUGACCAGAGCGGGCUGACAGUACUACAUGUGGCCGCUUCAGAGGGUAGAAUGCGUAUAGCAGAUGUGUUUGGUCAGACGGCGCUUCAUAAAGCCGCUAAAGGGGGACAUGUGGAUGUAAUAAAAGUUUUAUUGCACUGGGGAGCUCAUCCCCUUGUCGAGAGAGAUUGUGAUGGCCGAACAGUGCUACACUAUGUCGCGCAAACCAUAACUGGAGAGGAUGGAAAAGAAGUUGCCGAAUUGCUGUUAAAGAAGUGUGGAUCUGAUGAAAAGAAAUAUAAAAUCCGCUGCAGGGUUAGGCACUGCAGACCAACAUUUAGCCGAAUCUCCUCUCAGAAACUUCCUUGUAGAAGAAAAGAAAAAUAUCACUGAAAAUCUGAAAAAAGCAGGAAAGGAAAACAACUUGUUAAAGACAGCUGCAUGUCUGGGUGAUAUUGACCUCACCAAAGAAUUGCUUACCAGGGGUGCUAAACUCGAGGACAUUAAAGAUCAGAACUGGAGGAAAAAGUUAAGCGAACAGGAGGGAAAUAAUGUUGAGACAGGUAUUCCAAUAAACUUGAGAAUUUUUUUACAUCUUUACGUAAUUAGAUUUACGAAGUCUGGUUGUUUACAGUUUCGCAGCAAAUUCAAAGCAUUACAGAACAAGCAAAUGAUCAACCAACUACAUCUGACAAUUUGGGAAGGAGUGAUUUUUCAAAUGGUUAUCGCAUUGCUUUUGAUGAUGCAGACAGAGGGCAUUUUGUUGAAGACAGCUGCACAAGUGGCAUUAUUACCAUCUGAAAUGUCCAAUUCUGAAACGUCAAAAUUUCCCGGUUUUCAAAUUUUAGAACAUACAGAAAAGGGCAAAAAGAAAUACCACCAAAUUGAGACAAGCAUAAAAUUAUUGCUCGGUGCCGAGUAUAGAAAUACCACCAAAUUAAAAAGUAAUUUUUCUCAGAUUAUGAAGAAUAAGAUAGCUGAAUGCUGGAUGGAGAUAAAAUAUAAAAUAUCAGGCAAAAUGACAAAGGAAGGAGACUUACUUCGUGAGUUUUUAAAUGUGUACGAGGCUAAAUACCAUCGGAUAUUUAAAUCACUAGCUGCUAUGGAUAGCAGAGGCAUGGUAAUCCUUUCGUAUAACUAUUUCCUAAUUUCGUUUUCAGUUCAAAGUAAAAGCUCAACAAUCACGGUUAGAAAUUAACUGUCCGAUAUAACGCUUGGAAAUACAAGAAUGAAUCAGAAGCAUUAGCGGGAAUGGCAGUAGAAAUAACGAAAGGAAUGGAAGAAAUAAUGACAGAUGCCCAGUGGUUUCAGAAAUACCCUGAGAAAGCAGAAACAUGUUAUAUGGAUUGAGAUUAUCUUUCCAUGCAUCCUUGCGGUUCUAUUUGCCAUCUCGUUUAAUUGGAUAUUAUGGCUUGUGCUCGAUAGAUGCAACAUCUUUUCCUGUAGCUUUAGCCUUAUCAAAGAAACUAAUGAGCGGUGUAAAUCCCGUGAGUGAUCAAUUAGUGAGCAGUUUAAAACUUCCUAACCACAGUGAAAAGCUUGGCUAUCAGGAAGACAUAAUCUCUGAUAUUACUUUCUUGAAAAAAGAAAUUAGCAAAAACCCUUAUUGGUUGUGCACUUCACAACAGGGUCUUCUAUAUACAGUGGAGUGAACAUGCCUAGUUUGAUACCCAGUGCUAAUCUUAGAAUAAUUGUAUUUAUCGACGAUCUUGAUCGAUGUCAAGAAGCAAUCGUUCUUCAGGUUUUAUCGGCUAUUAAUCUGGUAUUCGCCGUCUGUGAAAUCAGCGUGAUUCUAGGAAUGGAUAAAGAGUUGAUCCAACGGGCAAUAAUGAAAAGGUAUGGAGAUAAAUCCUUGAAAAAUAGCAAGUUUGCAGACAAGUAUUUACAAAAGAUAAUACAACUGCCAUUAGACCUGCCUGACCCUAGCCAAGUCCAAUCAAAGGAUUUUUUGGAUCGACACUUGGGAGUGUUCCAAAAACAAAGUAAGGAAGGCCAUUCAGAAUCAGAAAUAGAUACAGAAGAUGAUUCCAUGCCAGAAAUAGAUAGAGCAUACAAUGCUCUAUUUUCUGCAUUCGAACAGUCUGAAAAAUAUUAUGUGCCCGAUUUUCUUAAAAAAUUGCUUGGCUCAGUGGCUCCUAUAUCAGGAGAAGGAAGUAGCUCAGCAGAAACGGUAGAUGAUCCACCGCAAACACAACCAGCUGGAAGAAUUGCUAUAGAUAUUCAGGACACAGAUGGAACAAGUAACCAGCAGCAUAUCAGUGAGUCAAAUAUCAGAAGGGAGUUAAUUCCUAUAAGGGAGCUGCUGUUCGUGAGAUACAGUGAAGGAGAGCGAGACGCAUUUUGCCACUUUCAAGCGAUGACUACAGAAUUCCGAAAAUUGCCUCGAGAGUGGAAGCGUUUGCUUACCUACCAUCGGCUGGUCUGGUAUAUCUUCGUUAUGAAUAAUGAAACGAAGCAUAUGGAUGGAUGGCUGGUUCAGUUGAUUACUUAGAUAUUCAUCUGUUGGGAAUUUGAGGAAAAUAUAAAUACUCUUCUACAGGGAUGGAAAGACAUUGAUCUUCUUAAGACCUAUAAACUGGAACCAGAAUCAGAGUCAGAAUCGAAGUUGAAAUCAAAAUCAGAAUCAAAAUCAGGACCCGGGGGACCGUCACUACGAGCGAUCAUUAAUCAUUGCAUAAAGAAAUGGGAAGGAGACGUCAAGGAGAAUAAUGCUACAGAUUCCAAAAACAGAGAGGUGGCAGGACAAGAGAACUUGAUCUCAGUUGUGAAAGAAAAUAAUGGUAAGUUGGAUAAAGCAUUAAAAGAAGUAGUGAACUCACAGCAAGUAGGCAAGAGUGAAAAUAAAGACCCACCAACACAGAACUUGGAGGAAGCUACAAAGUCCCAAAAUAUAGAGGUUCCUGAAAGCAGCAACAAAGAGCAAUUGAAAUUGAAGGAAGGUGUUAAUGACCAAACGACAUCAGUAAGAGAUGCUACUAAAGCUGGAGAUUGUUCUGAAAGCAGCGAAAUGGCAGGACCAGAGAACUUGAUGACAGCUACUGAUAAGUUAGAUAAAGCACUGAAAGAACUAGAUUCCCUUAAGAAAGAAAUGGAAGAAUUGAAAGAACUGGUGAAUUCCCAGCAGGCCGGCAAGACUGAAAAGAUGGGUGGAGAAAAGAAAUUGAAGUUACAAAGUUGGCGGAGACUGAAAUCAGCACUGGGCAAAUAUGAUGUGUCAAUGGAUGGUAUACAAGCUUUUCAGAGGUUUAGAUUCUACUGUGAAGCGGGGCAUAUCCAAUGGCCAUUGAAUCCGAAUGAAGACUUAAAAUUUCCACAUGUCAAAAAGAUGUUGAAAGACACUGUCCCUUUUAACACUAUUGCUUAAAUUAGAUUUUGAGGUUGGAGCAUUGUGAGGAACAUAACACUAAUGACUUGCAAACCUUUGUUUGUGAGUGCCACAGGUACAUUAGUAUGUUAGAGAUCAUCUUAUAUAUCAGAUUUUCUAUAUAUGAGUUUAAGCCCAACUUAAAAGAGGAA